ACAAUGAGACGGCAAGUAGCAGCGCUGCUGUUUCUAUUCAUCUCUCUCUGUCCUCCGAGCUCGGUGGGCGGGCAGGUCAGUUACACCGUCCCCGAAGAAAUGCGCAAGGGCUCUCUAGUCGGUAACAUCGCGCAAGAUUUGGGUUUUGAUGUGAAAAGGCUUCAAUCCGGCAAAGCUCGCAUUUUCACUGGAGACAGCGCGGAGUACAUCGAGUUGGAUAAAGAAAGAGGGUUCCUCCUCAUCCGGGAGAAGAUAGACCGGGAGGCGCUCUGCGGGCAGACUACGCCGUGCGCGCUGCUGUGUCAGAUCACGUUAGAGAGCCCGCUGGAGUUGUUCCCCAUCACCGUCGAAAUCACGGAUAUCAACGACCACGCGCCGGUGUUUCAGAAGGAAGAGAGGAGGUUGGAAAUCAGCGAAUCCGCCGUCGUCGGUUCGAAAUUCAUGCUCGAGAAAGCGGUCGAUCCCGAUAUAGGACUGAAUGGUCUACAAAGCUAUUCCCUUAAGCCGGGCGAUAAUUUCCAAUUGAAACUACACGGUCAAGCCGAUGGCAGCAAAAAGGUAGAAAUGGUUUUACAGAAAGCUUUAGACAGAGAGAGACAGGAACACAUAUCGUUAGUGUUAACGGCUGUGGACGGAGGGGAACCGCAGAUGUCCGGGACAAUGCAGAUCCAUGUUACCGUGUUGGAUGCAAACGACAAUGCCCCCGUUUUUAGCAGACCCGUUUAUAAAGCGAGCAUUACAGAAAACUCCGCGAAGGGAACCGUUGUUACACGGGUGAGCGCAGCUGACGCGGACAAAGGCUCAAACGGAGAGAUCACCUACGUCAUCGGGAACAGCAUGGAUAGUGUUGCGAGGCAAUUUCACAUUACCGAAAACGGAGAACUUAUAUUGAACGGUCCCGUCGAUUUCGAAAGAGCUAGAAGUUAUCAGAUUGACGUGGAGGCGAUUGACCGAGGGGGGCUCUCGGAUUCGAGCAAAAUCGUCGUUGAUAUAGGUGAUGUAAAUGACAAUAGUCCAAUCAUAAGUACGAUUUCAAAACAAAAUUCAAUACCGGAGGAUUCUCCUACUAACACAGUGAUAGCUAUGAUGAGUGUAAAUGACCCCGAUUCUGAAAAUAACGGUCAGGUUCAGUGUGCAAUUAGCAAAAAUGUUCCUUUCACAAUGAAACCUUCAUCAAACGGUUUCUAUAGCCUGGUGACAGACAGUGAUCUGGACCGAGAGAGAGCCUCAGAGUAUAAUAUCAGUAUCACGUGUUGUGAUGAGGGAGUGCCCUCUCUCUCCAGCAGCGUCACUCUCACCUUACACAUCUCAGAUGUGAAUGACAACGCGCCUGUCUUUGAGAGGAGCUCAUAUGAGGCUUACAUUGUAGAAAACAACACACCGGGUCUCUCCAUAUUCACAGUGAAAGCCACAGACGCUGACUGGAACCAGAAUGCCCGUGUGUCUUAUAUACUGGAGGACUCCUCGGUUAACGGAGUGCCCGUCUCCUCCUAUGUGUCCGUCAGUGCUGAUAGUGGAGUCAUCCAUGCAGUUCGCUCUUUUGACUACGAGCACAUCAAGGAUUUCCACUUCUGUGUUAAAGCGCAGGAUGGAGGCUCUCCUCCACUCAGUAGUAACGUGACUGUGAACAUAAUGAUCCAGGACCAGAACGACAACGCCCCUCAGGUUCUGUACCCAUUCCAGACCAGCAGCUCUCUGGUGGCUGAAAUGGUGCCUCGUUCAGCAGAUGUGGGCUAUCUGGUGACUAAAGUGGUGGCUGUUGAUGUGGACUCUGGACAGAAUGCCUGGCUCUCCUAUAAGCUGCAGAAAGCCACAGACAGGGCGCUGUUUGAAGUGGGCUUACAGAAUGGGGAAAUAAGGACUAUCCGCCAAGUCACUGAUAAAGAUGCUGUGAAACAAAGGCUGACUGUUGUAGUGGAGGACAACGGGCAGCCCUCUCGUUCUGCUACAGUCAAUGUUAACGUGGCGGUGGCGGACAGCUUCCCUGAAGUGCUCUCGGAGUUCACGGACUUUACGCACGACAAGGAGUACAACGACAACCUGACUUUUUACUUAGUCUUGGCUUUGGCUGUAGUGUCCUUUCUCUUCAUCACCUGCUUAGUGGUCAUCAUAUCAGUGAAGAUAUACAGAUGGAGACAGUCUCGCAUCCUCUAUCAUUCCAGUCUGCCGGUGAUUCCCUAUUAUCCACCACGUUACUCGGACACUUUGGGGACAGGGACUCUCCAGCACCUGUACAAUUACGAGGUGUGCAGGACGACUGACUCCAGAAAGAGUGACUGUAAAUUCGGCAGAGCCGGUAGUCAGAACGUGCUGAUAAUGGACCCCAGUUGUACAGGGACGAUGCAGCGGAUACAGAAUGAAAAGAACAUCCUGGAUGAACCAGACUCUCCUGUAGAGUUUUAA